CUGCGGCAUUGAACACGGUUGUGACGUGGUAUGCAGUCCUGACUGAAAGAAAUCUGUCUGCAGCAUUGAACUUUCUUGUGACGUCUGAGGUGCCUUUUGUUAUACUUCACAAUCAUCAGUGUGAAUAGCCCGGAUGUGGAAAGAAAUGAGUCGUACCUGCGCACAUGCUUUACCAAAGAGCAAUUCCAUUACUGCGUUUGCUCACAAAGCGAUGUGCUGUCAUUGGCUGCAUACCUCCCACUCUGCCACUCACAUGUGACACAAACGCCUCCUUUGACCAGUCUCCCCAACGCCUGGAUUGCUGCCUUCCCCUCUGGAUUCUCAGAAAACUCGAUGCUGAAAACUACCUGACCCAGUGAGAGGCGAAGUUAUCUCAUUCAAGGAUUCUUUAAGGAUGCUGACUGUAAAUCCUGGGCAGCAGAACAAUGGAUAAGUCAACAAAGGUACGAACCGAUGGCAAUUCUCUGCUGAAGGCUGUUUAUCAGAGCCGUCUACGUCUGACUCGGCUGCUUCUGGAGAGAGGGGCCUACAUUAACGAGAGCAACGAAAAUGGCGAGACACCACUAAUGGUGGCUUGCAAGACACGUCAUUCAGAUACCCAAAGUGUACCCAGGCACAAAAUGGUCCAGUAUCUCCUGGAAAAUGGUGCCGAUCCCAACAUUCAAGACAAGAGUGGGAAAACUGCCUUGAUGCAUGGGUGCCUUGGGCAGGAUGGAACUGAAGUUUUGUCCCUCCUGCUGAGCAGUGGUGCCGAUCCAACUCUGGAGGACCACUCUGGAUUCUCAGCACUGGUUUACGCCGUUAAUUUAGGUAACAGGGCCAUCCUCAAAAUCCUUCUGGAUGCUUGUAAAGCUAAGGGAAAGGAGGUCAUCAUCAUCACCACCAACAAGCUUCCAUCUGGCCAGACAACAAAGCAGUACCUAAAUGUCUCUCCACCCCCUGACCUCGAGGAGCAUUCAUAUUUUUCACCAACCUCCUCAUCUCCAUUUGACAUCCAACGACGAGUUCCUCCACACAGUUCCUCAGCAAGUGCUUCUCCUCAGCCUGGGAGUCCCCUUCUUGGCCUCAGAAAUACCAAGUGUCCUGAUUUAUGGGUUAGCGUCAGCACCUCUCAAGCAGAUUCUCCAAUUCAACAUCCUAGUCCAUUAAGUGCUCCUAAUGUUGACAAGCAGCUCAAUCCUCUGAGAUUACACUCGCAGCAAUGGGUCAAAAACCCACCCCAACUUCUUCAGAAGGGGCAGACCUCGUUGCUGGCAGAAAAGCAACCGGAGGAGGUCUUGUGUUUCAGGGGCCUUAACUUCCAUAGUCAGCCAGCAGCUGUUUCACGCCACCAUAGCAUGGACAUGAAAGAGGGACUACUGAAAGCACUGGACAACAUAUCAGGGAAUGACAACAAAGGGCGAUGUUGGAGAGGCUUUACUCGAAAGAUGUCAUAUGACAGUGCUGCAAGCACAAAGCAUUCCACUUCGCACCCUAACUUGCAUCAAGAAAACAAUCUGCCAUUUCCCAGUGAAUCCAGUCCUGCCGAUGGAGCUACAUCAGAUAGUCUUCAACAGUUAAAUAUUUCCAGUCUUCAAAACGUUAUUCAUCGACGUAACAUUGGUGUUGACCAUUACAGUUCAGAUUCUCAGUUACUGCAGUUUGGCAGCAAAGACAAAAGCUCAAACUGCCUGACUAAGGGACCGGACAGGUCCAAGCUGACAAACGGUAGGUCCUCCACUCUGUUAGGCUCCAGAGAGUCUCUGGAUAGCUCUGUCCAGAGACAAGGUGCCUUUGGACUCGAACGAAGAGGCUCAGGGGCCCUCCUCCAAGAUCACAUCUCCUCCACUCGGCCAGGAUAUCUCCCCCCUCUGAACCUGCAUGCUCCCAUUCCAGAUAUUGGCGUCAACUGUAACACUCUGCGCCCAAUGACUGCAACUAGCAAAACACUCAAUAUUGCUUUAAAAGGAUCAAAGCCCAUUUUGCCCUGUGCGCCUAUUUAUCCACAGGUCAUGAAAACAAGUAAAAUGCUUUGGAGGCGCCACUCCAUGCAGAGUGAGCAGAUUAAGCAGCUGUCCAACUUUGAAGAAAAGUUAGACCACUAGUCAUUUUUGGGACCGGUUUGUCCAGUGGCUCUGAUUCAUUUCCCCAUU